AUGUUUCCGAGCGAGCAAUCCCGCCAGUCCAAUCUACAGGGGUAUUUCACCGGUGCUGGUAACGUUGCCCAGGACCAUGAAGGUGCAAAUCGUUCCUCUCGAUUAUAUGGUUCGGGUUUGGUCCAUAGUAGCUGGCGAGGAGCGUCAGAUUUCAUAUGCCAUAAUGAUAUUCUGCAACUGGCAAUCUGGUCCCGGCAGAGAAUUUAUGCAUAUUUGCUUCAAAUGCGGGGACGUCCGCAGCGGAACCAGGUGCUCCUGAUUUGUCCAAACUCGCCUAUGGACAGCUCCAUAAGCCUGAUUGAGAUUCCGAGCUUGAAGGAACCCUUGGCUACUGUUUUCAGCCAUCGCUGCAGAAAUGAGGGCCUCAGAUCGCUGGUAUAUCAUUUCCAUUCUCCCCACUUCCCGGCGACAUUCAUCCUCGUCAUCCUGAACAGUACAAAGAGCAUCGAUCCAAAUGUACUUCAGGCCAAGCUUGCCCGUUACUUUGAUCAAAUCCCAGAGAGUUUGGGGCAGUGUUGA